CCGCAACAUUCCUCCCCCUCCUUUCUUCCAUUUCCUCGGGGGAAAAAAAGCAUUUCUUCUCUUUAUUAGAGACAAAGCUCGCUGGGCCAGAAGGACAUUGUUUCGCAUAUCCUUUCGUGGCCCUAAGCCAGUUCCGUGCUCACAUGCUAGUGAUAUCCGACUCGCCAUUGCGGUAAUGCGCUAGGGAUGUUGGCGCUUUCAAAUGUCCAAACUCCGUUCAGAAUGGGUGAUAACCUGGGUCUUGCUAUUGUCGUCAUGGCUUGCUAUGGCCCAGGGAAUGAGGAUCGAUCGAGUUAGGGAGCUCAGGAAGGAGACCGAGCAUAUGUUCUAUCACGGCUUUGAUAAUUACCUUCAACAUGCAUUUCCCGAAGAUGAGCUUCGCCCCUUGACUUGUCGCCCGUUGGUCCGCGACCGAGAUAAUCCCGCUCACGCUGAGCUCAAUGAUGUUCUUGGGAACUAUUCCCUGACUCUAAUCGACAGUCUAUCAUCCUUAGCCAUCCUUGCAUCGAGUCCAGAGGAUAGCCAAAAGGCUCUGGGUUAUUUUCAAAAGGGAGUGGAGGAUUUUGUCACGCUUUAUGGAGAUGGUUCAGAUAGCCCUGCAGGUCAGGGCGAACGGAGCCGAGGAUUUGACAUGGAUAGCAAAGUUCAGGUGUUUGAGACGGUCAUCCGAGGGCUAGGCGGACUUCUCAGCGCUCAUCUGUUUGCUGUAGGUGACCUUCCCAUCGUUGGGUACAAUCCUCCAGAUAGAGAAGCCGCCUUCGCAAAAGCCUGGGAUAAGUCCUCUUUCCAAAGCGAAGGGCACGGUAUCAUGUGGACUUCCGGGUUUGUUUACGAUGGUCAACUCUUGCGGCUCGCGGUCGAUCUGGGGAACCGUCUACUGCCUGCGUUCUAUACAGACACCGGUCUUCCUUACCCGCGGGUCAAUCUGCGACAUGGAGUCCAACGGCAACCCUUCUACGCGAACUCGCCGCUCAAUGCGGAUCACCCGUGCAAUGGGUCAAACUCCGAACGCUGCCAGAAAGGCCGCUGGUCUUCAUUCCCAGAAACUACGGAGACGUGCAGCGCUGGCGCCGGCAGCCUUGUCUUGGAAUUUACCGUUCUAAGCAGGCUCACAGGCGAUGGUCGCUACGAAGAGCUUGCGAAGAGGGCUUUUUGGGCCGUUUGGACGCGUAGAAGUGAGAUUGGCUUGAUUGGGUCUGGUAUUGAUGCCGAAUCGGGCCGAUGGGUACACUCGUACACCGGGAUUGGUGCGGGGAUUGAUAGCUUCUUUGAGUACGCAUUCAAGUCGUACGUUUUGCUCUCCUCGGGAGAGCGACCCUCCCACAACGCAAGCAGUCCAUGGCAUCAUUUGGAUGACUACUUUCUGCCCUUGGGUGAGCACGAACACUCUGCGCAGGCCUUUUUGGAAGUAUGGCAGGAGUCUCAUUCGUCCAUCAAGAGGCACUUAUAUCGGGGGGAUGGACAUCAACACCCCCACCUUAUCCAAGGCGACAUCUUUACAGGAGCGACCCGUGCUUUUUGGAUAGACAGUCUCAGCGCCUUUUACCCAGGGCUGUUGGCGCUGGCCGGGGAAGUAGAUGAGGCAGUUGGAAUCCAUCUUCUAACCACUGCCAUCUGGAACCGUUUCUCUGGCCUGCCUGAAAGAUGGAAUGUCGCCACGGGAAACAUAGAGCAGGGUCUGGCAUGGUACGGUGGCCGUCCGGAAUUCGUGGAAUCUACCUACUACCUGUACCGGGCAACCAAAGAUCCAUGGUAUCUGCAUGUAGGUGAGAUGGUCCUGAGUGAUCUCAAGCGCCGAUGCUGGACCAAGUGCGGCUGGGCUGGUAUCCAGGAUGUCCGUAAUGGCGAGUUGAAUGAUCGAAUGGAGAGCUUUUUUCUAGGAGAAACCGCAAAGUACAUGUUUCUCCUUUUCGAUUUCGAGCACCCGUUGAACAAGCUGGACCAACCGUUUGUGUUUUCUACAGAGGGCCAUCCACUCCUGAUACCCAAGAGCAGCACGGCACUCCAUACACGCCGACAGACACCGGGGCGUGUGAACAGCAAGGAACCCGUUUGCCAAUUGGCUCCUCUUCCCCCUACGUUGGUGGGUUCGUCCACGGCAGCACGUCCUGAUGUUUUCCAUGCCGCGAACUUGGCUCGCCUACACCUCAUGCCCAGCAGAGACGUUCCUGAGGGGCCUCUGGUUGAAUAUGCUGAGGACCAUCCGAGUAUAUCGGUAUCAGACCUCUCAUCACCCACAAAUUAUACGUUCUACCCUUGGACGUUGCCACCGGAGUUGAUACCCUUCAACGGAACCAGUGCACCCUUGAUCUCUCGCCCAACCCUCGAUAUCUCUUUCCCUGCACUUCCCGGAAUGGUUGUAGGCCCCGGAUCACUGGAACGGGUCCGGGAUGGAAUUCUCGUGAAAGCCAUUGGGGGUCUGCGGCUGAGCAUGGUUCGAGAUGUCUCCGUUCCUGGCAUGGCGAAGAGCUCGGACAAUGACGAAUUUCGGGUGCAAGUAAUUAACAAUGUGCCGCUGGGUAAGGAUGAGAAGGUAUAUCUUUCGCGGGAAAUCACAUUUGAUGUGCUUGACCCCACUGACCCGAACUUCACGCGUGUACGCGACUCCAUCAUGAUUGACAUCGUCAUUGAUGUAUUGCCAGAGCUUCUUCGUCGACGAAAUGACUCAGAUGAUGGCCUUGAACCCGCUGCACCACAACAGGCUCGAGGCCCAAUCAUCCACGACUCGGCUUUGGUGAAUGGCAACAGUGGCGGUGUCGAUCCAUCAAUCUCUGGCAUGAAAACUGUACUGUCCUCCUUAAUGAGUUCAUUGUCCACCCUACUCCGGGACGAAGCGCAUGUUGAGACGGGUCUGCCGCCGCAUGAAUCGUCGACAUUGCGUUUGAUGAUUCCCGCGGCCAUCUCAACUGGCCUCGGGUCGGCCCCAUUGCCGGAUGUGGACGAUGCUUCGACAGUAUCGAUGACGGGUGACCUGUCCAAACGGCGCCUCACCUGGUCCAGCAUCUACUUCGCGGACGAGCUCUGCGAUCACCGUCUAUCGCGGGAGAUUGUCCAGAAUCACCAAGUUCUGGUGCUUCGGCGCGGCGGAUGCAGCUUCUCCGAGAAAUUGCGCAAUAUUCCUGCGUAUCCGCCGUCACGUCAGGCCCUGAAACUUGUAAUAGUGGUCUCUCAGACUAGCGAAGAGGAGGAAUUGUGGGAGACGGCGGACUCGGGGCCGGCCUCGCCCGGGCUGGCCGCUGUACGCGCCGAGCGACAUCUUGUUCGCCCGCAUCUCGACGAGAGCCAGUUGACCGCAGGCGGCCUUCCGCGACGCCAUCUUCUCAGUAUGGUGAUGGUGGGUGGCGGCGAGGAGACCUAUGCAUUGCUUCGUCAGGCGAUCGGAGUGGGCAUCAAGCGACGCUAUUCGGUGCGAUCCCAGGGAGUCCCGAUUCAUAACCUACACAUUGUGUAGAACGUAUGGGUUACCGAUUUGAGAUAUCAUCAUGGAAGAGUUAGAAUUUCUGCUGUCAUAUGUACUGUACAUACCUGCAUGCAUCAUACAUACGAGUACUUAGUAUUAACAGACACGCAGUACAAAGAGACCCGUACAGGGUAUAUGUGAUGUACCUGACAUGCAAUGCGAUGUAUAAGCCCAGUACGUACAGCACAUCAAUACAUCA